CAUUUUGUUCUGCCCUCAAAUUCCAAUUGCGUUCAUUUUCACUUGUAGAACAGAAGUUCACUUCCCGUAUUCUCGACAACUGAAAUUCGUGACUUGGUAAUGGCAGCAUUGCUUAGAGCGAGAGAUGGCAAGGCAAUAUUGGCUCCAUCAGUUCGCCUCCUUCGCCCGCCGUUGACGCCACUGGAUUGCGGUGGCGCGCAGCGUCGCGCCUCCACCAAAUCCGGCAAAUCUUCGCCGCGCCUUGUGGAGGUUCAGCGGCUCUUGUAUCAGGCGGAGGAGCGUUACAAGCCUUCUGGAGGCGUCGAGCCUAUCCCCAGAGUAACGCUCGACCAUGUUAAAAUAAGCUAUGCAAACAGGGGUGGGGGAGGGCAAGGCUUCAACAAAGCGGUAAACACAAAGGUGGACAUGCGGUUCAAUGUGAAAACUGCAGAAUGGUUGGAUGAAAAAGUGAGAGAAAGGAUCAUGCAAAUGGAGAAGCACCGGAUCAACAAAGAUGGGGAGAUUGUAAUUUCUUCAAAGAAGAGUAAAGCUCAAAAGAGCAACGCUGAAGAUGCCAUUGCAAAACUACAGGUAUUCAGUUACCAAAAGAAGAAAUUACAGGCAAUCAUUGAUGCUGCUUCAUAUGCCCCAGUACCUCCUUCAAAAGAGACGCUAAAAAAGAUUGCCGAGUUGUCCACUCUUGCCGAGCAAAAACGCGUAGAGAAGGAGAAAGCCCAAUUGCAAAAGAAACUGCUGUGAAGAGGAAACAGGAAAGCGCAGUUGGUUACUGAUCCUAAAACCUAAAGCUUAGUGAAAUAUGACAACAUAUUUCUUUCAUGAUAUUUCUGUUGCUUUUCUACUUAAGCUGGGUAAACAAUCAACCGUUGUCGCUA